AUGGCGCUCCUUACAAGCGCGCCUCAAGCAGCACUCGCCGCUGCAGUUCUCUAUGUUUCAUGGCUCAUCCUAAAGCCGUUCGUUGUCAAGUCCCCACUGGAUAACAUUCCCGGUCCUCCUCGGAAUUCAUGGCUGAGUGGUAAUCUAGCGCAGUAUUUCGCCCAAGAUGCCUGGGACUUCCGGGCUGAACUCGCCCGCAAGUAUCCACGCGUGGCCGCUCUCCAUGGAAUGCCUGGGCAAUCGAAAUGGAUCACGGUCUGGGAUGUGAAGGCCAUGCAAAACAUCUUCCUCAAAGAGCAAGAUAUCUAUGCAGAACCCGUGUUUGCUUUGCGUAUGAUGCUCGGCCCUGGUCUUCUCGGCACGGAAGGCGAGCAGCACAAGCGACAGCGCAAGACGCUCAAUCCUGUGUUCUCUGUGAAGCAUCUUCGCGACAUGACGCCCUUGUUUUAUCAGGUCAUCCACAAGACUCGUGAUGCGAUUAUGGAGCGCGUGCGUGCCGGCGCCGGAGCUAAGGGUGGCGUUGAACUCGACAUGCUCUCUUGGAGCGGCCGCACGACGCUCGAAGUGUUGGGUCAGGCUGGUUUAGGCCACUCAUUUGACCCUCUCACGGAGGACCGACCGGACGAGUUUGCGGAUGCCGUCAAGGACUUCUUCCCACAAAUGGCCCGAUCUUUGGUUUUACGCCUGCUGAUGAGGGGCGUGGCCAACGUCGGCUCCGCACCUUUCCGGCGCUGGGUCGUUGAGAGGAUCCCGAACGACAACGUUCAGCAGCUGAAGCGGAUAUCAGACAUCAUGCACGGGCGGUCUAUAAGGAUAUUCAACGAGAAAAAGGAGGCUCUGGAGAAGGGGGAUGAGACGCUUAAGCAUCAGAUCGGCGAAGGACGUGACAUCAUGAGCAUCCUGCUGCGGGAGAACAUGCUUGCUAAGGCGGAGGAUAAGCUCCCGGAUGAUGAGCUCAUAGGGCAGAUAUCGACGAUGGUGCUCGCUGGGAUGGACACAACUGCAAACUCGCUGGCGCGCGCUCUUCAGAUCCUCGCCGAACGCCAGGACGUUCAAGAGAAGCUCCGGCAGGAAAUCCUGCAUGCGAUCGAGACUGAGGGACAAGACGGGACGCUCGACUACGAGAAGAUCAUGGAGCUUCCCUACCUUGAGGCGGUCUGCCGCGAAACCCUGCGGUUAUAUCCUGGCGUUACCAGCCUCUUCCGAGAGACAACCAAGGAUGUCAUAAUGCCUCUGUCGGAGCCGAUCCGUCUGAAGGACGGGACGCUCACUGACGCGAUCCCCAUUCCGAAGGGAACGCGAGUAGUUCCGAACAUCGGUGCUUCGAACGUCGACCCAGCGCUCUGGGGAGCUGAUGCGCACGAGUGGCGACCUGAACGCUGGCUCGAACCCCUACCGCGGGCUGUAGAGGAGGCGCGCGUACCGGGCGUAUACUCUCACCUCAUGACGUUCAUCGGCGGUAGCAAGGCGUGCAUAGGAUUCAAAUUUGCACAGAUCGAAAUGAAGACCGUGCUGCUCGUCCUGUUGCAGAACUUCAAGUUUGAGCCGACCGGCAAGCCCAUCAAGUGGAACUUCGCUGGGGUGCAGUACCCCAGCGUCGGGUCGGAGGGACCUGAGCCGGCAUUGCCUCUGCUGGUUUCCGCACUGCGCGCCUGA